CUACACAGCUAAAUUACUGCAGUAAAAAUUAGGUUUUUAUUUUGGAACCAGUAUUUGCAGCAUACUACAGUUAUACUGCACUCUAACUGCAGUCUGACUCCAAUCUUUUUUUGUAAGGAAGAUUGUGCACGUCAUUGACAAUUUCCCUCAUCCGUAUGUGGAACCCUUGUCUUCUACUCGGAAAACUGAUGACAGCGGUAUCUGAAUUAAGGACAUGCAGUGGUUAGCCUACUUACUGUUUUAUUUUUCCAGAAACACAAGCGAGAAUGCAAUUGAAACAACUUCGCAACGUAAUCUAGGUAGUUAAAACUUGCCUACAAGUGCACGAUUGUUACUUACCUGCAACAAUGAGACCUUUUCUCCCUGAUAACAGUAAUCAAAUACACAUUGUGACACAACUUUCUUUCUUCCUAUCGCCCUCAAUCCCAUCCAUGCCCAAAAUUCGCCCUCUCUCUCUCGCGCACACCCUCUCUCCUAUAGAUGGGACAUAUAUAAAGCAGGAGCAGUGGUAUACCAGUACCCAGGGUCACUAACAGUGGCAGAGGGUACCAAUGUGACGUUUCACUGUGACAUCAGUGAAAUGGGAGGGGAAUGCUCUUAUAUCGUAUGGGUGCAAGUGGGACCUAUGAGAAAGCUCACACUCUGGCCUCAAAAAACCUACAGUGUCCACACCAACACGGCCUGCCUCCUGAACAUCAUCAAUGCCAACAGGACAAGUGUGGGCAUCUUCUACUGUGCCCUGCUUAAUGGUGCCAUGCUGAACAUGGGCAAUGGGAGUGUGCUGGAAGUCUCUGACCCUAUCACCUCAGAAGCUACUCUGGAGGUCCUGGUGCCUGUGGACUGGCAGGAGGCCCCCUCAUCCCCAGUCCCACUUCUGUGCCUGGUGUCUGGACUGGAUCCCAGUCAGGCCAGGGUGUACUGGGAGGUGGAGGGGAAGGUUCAGUCCUCAGAGCGUUUACCUGAGGUUCAGUCAGAGAAGCCAGCCACUGUCAGAGUCCAGCUCUCUGUACCUGGCCAUACCUGGGCUGAAGGUGAAGAGAUCACCUGUGUUAUGGAGAGCACCAGUGGGGUGAAGAUGAACAAGACAGUCAGCAGGAUGGGAAUGGAGAGGUCCAGACAGGGAAUGUUUCUGGCCAUCUCUUUGGGCGGCAUGUGUAUCCUUCUUUCUAUUGUGGUGAUUGUCAUCACCUUGUAUGUCUGCAGACUGAAACACGACCCUCGAAAGACAAGAUUUCAAGCCUAUGAGCACAACCAGGACGGAGCACAGGGUCUGACUGAAGUGCAAUAUGCCAGUUUAAAGUUUGGAGCUGGUCGUGGGAGACCCUUAACUACAGCCGCAGCUAAAAACAGACAAUAUAAGUAGGCUAAAGCUGCCCUAGUAAGACCUUACAUGUGAAUUACAUUUUCUACAAAAACAUAAAAGAAGUGCUUAUUCAUUCAGGGUCAUCGGUUUGUCAAAAUGCUCCUGUGCUUUCUUGCUUAUGUUUUCUGACCUACUUAUUUGAGUCAAUGAUGUAAGGAUUUUUGCCUUUAGAAUUAGGAACUUAUUUAGUCAGAUUGUGUUGUCAUUUUACAAGCUUUGUGAUUAAAAAUCAUUUGUCUUGUUGAAAUAAUAGCCAAAUGUAAAUUCCAUUUAAGACAAGUUUAAUUUAUGGAGUGAACUAAUUUCUCUAGUCAUAUGCUGAUGAGAUUUUUGUGAUAAUAGUCAGCAAUAAAAAUGAGUCACAGAUGGAAUCUUUUUCAUCUCCAA